UAGCCCCGGCCUGGCUGGCGGCAGCAAGUCCUCGCCGGCGCCCUGUCCAGCAGCUCCGCCGCUACAGGCUGCAGCUCCGCCGCUCGCCUGCCUGCUCUCCCUUCCCCUGCAUCAGCUGCUCCGGUGCCCUUGUUUUCUCCCGUGGACUGCUCGUCAUCACCCGACCGGCUGCUACUACCCAUCUCGUCUUGGCGGCUAAUCUCCUAGUCCUAGCUAUUCCUCCAUGGCAUCCCCAAAUAGCAAGGGGUUUGUGGCUGCUUCUACCGCUGCAAGUUCUCAAACUCUCAAAAGGAAUUCAGAUGACAUGGGGUGGGAGUUUGCAACCUUGAUUGAUCCUCUAGAUUUACAGCGAGUGAAGUGCAAGUUGUGUGGAAAGGAGAUGGGUGGAGGGGUCAAUAGGAUGAAGCAACAUAUUGGGCAAAUAAAGGGACAAGUGACAAGUUGCAAUGUAGCCACACCAGAUCAGCAGAAAAGAUGUAGAGAUGCUUAUGAGGCACCACAAAAGAAGAAGAAGCUGAAGCAAAAACAUGAUGAAGAAGUACGGGCUGAGGUUGUCAUUCAAGUUGACGAUAAUGACAAUAAUGAGGAAGAGCUUGCUGCAAUUGGAGAAGGUGAACCUCGCAAGGCAGGGCCUAUGGAUAAAUAUGUGAUGCCAAUUGAUCCUGCGAUUCCAUUGAAGAAGUUCCAACAGAACAUAAAUGAUGCAAUUGACAAAGAGAGAGCUUACAGAGUAGGCCAAUAUUUGGCUAGAUGGAUGUACAAAAAAAAAUUCCUUUCAAUGCUGUCAAUGAUGAUGACGUCAAGCAGUUUUGUGAAGCCCUUGGUCGGUUUGGUCCUAAUUGGAAGCCACCUUCACAAUAUAUGAUCCGAGAGAAGAUGUUGCUGCAAGAAGUGGAAAGAACUAAGGAUUUGAUGAAGCCACAUGAGCUUGAGAGGGUGGAAACCGGCUGCUCUAUCAUGACCGAUGCUUGGACCGACAAGAAAAGAAGAAGUAUUAUGAAUUUAUGCGUUCAUUGCAGGUUAGGGACUGCCUUUCUUGAAUCAAAGGAGGCGUCGGCUGAUGCACACACAAGUCUAUACAUCUUCAAUUAUGUAGUUGGGUGCAUUGAGAAAAUUGGUGCUGAAAAUGUUGUGCAAGUGGUCACGGACAAUGCUUUAAAUAACAUGGGGGCAAAGGAUAUGCUCAAAGGAAAAUGGCCAAAAAUCUUUUGGACCUCAUGUGCAACUCACACCCUCAACUUGAUUGUAGAAGCAAUUGCGAAGCUAAAGCAAUUUGGUCCUACCAUCACUAAAGCCAAGCAAAUGACAAUUUUUCUUUAUGCACAUCAUAAAACACUGUCCUUGAUGAGGUCUUUCACCAAGAAAAGAGACAUUGUUAGACCGGGGGUGACACGAUUUGCUUCGGCCUUUCUUACCUUGCAAAGUUUGGUUUCUAAAAGGAAGGAACUAAGAGCAAUGGUUUGUAGUGAUGAAUGGGAAGCAUGCAAGCACACAAAAAAGGUGAAAGGAAAGUCGGCUCAUGCCACAAUAAUGAGUAGGGGAUUUUGGAAAAAUGUCUCUCUUUGCAUCAAGGUUUUCGAGCCACUAGUGAAGGUUCUUCGGUUGGCAGAUAGUGAUGAUCCAUCUAUGGCAUCUAUGUAUGGAGAAUUAAUAAGUGCAAAAAAGGAAAUCAAGGCUGUUGUUGAAAAUUCAGAAAAAGACUAUUUGCUGAUCCCUAAUCCAUGGAUAGCAAGAUGAGUGGGAGGCUGGAUUCUCCAUUGCACAUGGUAGCAUACAUCUUGAAUCCAAAAUAUAGUUAUGCAGACCCAAGCAUCUUUACGGAUGUAGAGGUAGUAGCUGCACUUAUGGAAGUCAUGGAUACUUUUUAUUAUGAUGAUGACAUCAAGCAAAAUAAGGUUCUGAACAUUGACUUCACCAAGUUUAAAAAGAAAGAGGGUAUGUUUGGGAAGGUGGUUGCCAUGAAAGCAAUUAGCAAUGACAAUUUUGAUGCCGCUGAUUGGUGGUCAACUUAUGGAUUACAAACUCCUACGUUGCAACACAUGGCCAUAAGGAUACUUAACUUGACCACAAGUUCAUCCUGAUGUGAAAGAAAUUGGAGCACAUUUGAAAUGGUAGAUGCAAAGAGGAGAAAUCAACUAGAUGUGGCCCGUAGGGACAAUCUAGUUUAUAUCCAAUUCAAUGGAAGGAUGAUUGAUAAAAGAAAGAAGUUAUCCUCUUCUAGUGAUGUUCUUCUUGGUGAAGAUGCUUCACGAGCUCAAGAUUGGAUAUGUGAAGAUGCAUAUAUCGAUGAGGAGAUUGAUCCCACUACAGGCAUGCCAUACAACAUCAUUGAUGAAGCAAUGGGGGCAAGCGAUCCUGUGGAGCUCCGUAGAAGUGCAAGAGUUAGAGAACUCCAUGAAGUUGAAGAAUUCGUUGAGGAUGAUGAUAAUGAAUCAGAUCAUGAGAUAGAGGAUGAUGGGAUUGAUUAUGAGUCCGAUGAUGAUGGAGUGAUGGCAACCAAAGACGAUGAUGAUGAGGAGGAACCCCCGCAGCCUUGAGCCAUUUUUCACCAACUUAUAAGAUCUUUAUUAUUGCACAAGACCUUAUUUUGCUUCUAUUUCCGUGGCUGAACCUUGUUACCUUGCUACCUAUAUCUAUUUGUGUGGUUGAACCUUUAGCUGUUUACCUAUAUUUGUGUGGCUGAACUUACGUGAACAUUAUUA